AUGCCGCCUCUCCUCUUCUCCCUCCGGGCCUCGCCCUGUUCAGGCUUCCCGCUCCGCCGCCUUCUUCUAUUCCGCUGCUCCGCCUCCUCCGCUACCCGUUCCUCGUCGCUCGCCCCUUACCACGCUUCCUUCGCCCGCCGGAUGGCCCUCGCCGGCAUCCACCCGCACCACCGCAUCGCAGUCGGGGUCUCCGGCGGACCGGACUCGAUGGCGCUGUGCGUGCUCGCCACGGCCUGGAAGAAGGCGGCGGCGCGGAAGGCCAGUGAUGAGGAGGGACCCGUCGCCUCAGCAUUCGUGGACGGGCUCCUAGGAGUUGUCGUCGACCAUGGGCUGCGGCCCGAGAGCGCCGAUGAGGCGCGUCUAGUGCGUGACCGCGUCCGCGGCAUGGGUGUUGAGUGUGAGAUUGCUAAGUGUGAGUGGCCUGAUGGUCGUCCAAAGCAAGGGCAGGUGCAAGAGGCUGCCCGCGAAGUGAGGUACCAAAAACUACUGGACAUUUGUAUAAAGGAACAGAUAGGAAUCUUGCUUAUUGCACACCACUCUGAUGACCAGGCAGAGCUCUUUGUUCUCAGACUAUCUCGCCAAAGUGGGGUUUUAGGGCUUGCUGGUACAGCCUUUGUGUCUCAGUUGUUUGCAUCUAAUGUAAAAUAUGAUGGGGAGAAUUUUCGACGGUAUGGCAUUCUUCUUGUGCGGCCUAUGCUUGAGUUUUCAAAAGAUGACAUGUAUAAGAUAUGUCAAGGUAGUAAUCAAUCCUGGGUGGAAGAUCCAACAAAUACUAAUAUGAAGUAUGCUAGAAACCGAAUUCGGUCGUCUUUAAGAAAAUUAUCCACUGAAGGUACCUUUCUCUCAGGAGUUCAUGAACUGAUAAGCGCAUGCCGGCUGACACGGGCAUUUGUUGAUUGUGCUUGCAGUAUGAUUGCAAAGCAGUCUGUGUCAAUAUCGGAGUAUGGAUAUGCUAUUAUUGACCUGGAAAACCUUGGUCCGUUAAAUGUUGACGACCUUAGUCUUUCACAAUAUUUAGCAUAUAUCUUGCAGUUUGUUUCACAAAGGCACAGGCCACUUCGUGGUAGAUCUGCUCGACUGCUACUCGAUUACAUCCGUAGCAGUCCCUGCAAGGCUGCCCUUACUGUAGCUGGUUGUUACCUUUGUGCUGUCCCAAGGUCUAAAGGUACAAAAGUACUUGUUUGUUGUUCUGUUGACUGGAUCGAGUCAUCUUCUGCUGAAACUUCCUACAAGUGUUCCUAUGAAGAGCAGGCACCUCCAGUACCUGAUAUUGAUCACAUAGUCCUUGAAGGACAUCUUCAGGCUAAUCAGUCUAUACAGAACCACUCGGACAUACAUUUUCUGUAUUCCAAAUCUUCCAUAGAUGUUCUGAACAAAGCGAAGGAUCUCAACAUAAUAGAUGAUUUUACAUUAGAAAAGCUCCAUUACUUACGAACAGAUGAGCACGAUAAAUUUAUUGUGAAAGAACAUAAACACGAAGAACAGGACCUGGAGGAAACAAAAUUUCCUGAUUGUAAUGUUUUAAGCCUUUGUCCUGGUGAAACAUGUCACUUUAUGAGCAAAUUCUUGAUUACAUGGAAAGCUCCAGAAGAUGUCAAUGAAAUAUGUUUGCUUGAAAAUAAAGAAUCUCUGUCCAAGUUUUGUACUGUGAAUUUGGGUGGAAGUCUUGAAGUCCGGCACAUGGUUGAUACUGACUGGUUGUUCCUUGCUGAAGUUUGUAACACCCCUUCAGUGGAAGAGACCCUUAGUGAUCCAAAAGCAUCCUGUACCAAGAUGGAAAUGGAUCCUGCACCGCAUCACUCCAGAUUCUUGCAACAUUCAGCACAAAAAGCUCUUCAGAUCCUUAGAUCUAUUCCAGCUGCUGCAAGACGAACACUUCCAGUACUAACCAAUGCGCAAGGUGACGUAGUGUGUAUACCGUUGCUGAAUGAUGCAAUCUGUCUCGGCAUCUUUGACUCAACCGUUCAACUUCUGCGACCAGUCCCAGUGGAUCUUGAGUAG